GCCGCCAGUGACGCGGCACGCCUGCGCCGCCGCACCGCCCCGUGACGUCAGGGCGCCCGCGCCGCCGCGUUUGCCGCCGUCGCACGAGUCCCUAGUAAUCUGGGCGAUAGCUGUGAAUGUUCCCAAGGAUUGUCUUCAGUCAUGGCCUUGGGAUUAAAGUGCCUCCGCAUAGUCCACCCUGCUUUUCGCAAUUACCUUGCAGCCUUGACCAGACCUGUUUCAGAAGUUAACCUGAAGAUUGUGAGUGAAAGACAACAUGACUAUAGUCAGUACAUGGCCUGUUCAGCUCUACCAAUCCGCCAUUUUGCUACCAAGAAAGCCAAAGCUAAAGGGAAAGGACAGUCCCAAUCCAGAGUGAAUAUUAACACUGCUUUGGUUGAGGAUAUAAUCAACUUGAAAGAGGUGGACGAAGAAAUGAAGUCUGUGAUGGAAGCUCUCAAGGAUAAUUUCAAUAAGACUCUCAAUAUAAGGACUUCACCAGGAUCUCUUGAUCAUAUUGCUGUGGUAACUGCUGAUGGAAAGCUUGCUUUAAACCAGAUUAGCCAGAUCUCCAUGAAGUCACCACAGCUGAUUUUGGUGAAUAUGGCCAGCUUCCCCGAGUGUACAGCUGCAGCUAUCAAGGCUAUAAGAGAAAGUGGAAUGAAUCUGAACCCAGAAGUGGAAGGGACGUUAAUUCGGGUACCCAUUCCCAAAGUAACCAGGGAGCACAGGGAAAUGCUGGUGAAACUGGCCAAACAGAACACCAACAAGGCCAAGGACUCCUUACGUAGAGUUCGUACCAACGCAAUGAAUACGCUGAAGAAAUCAAAGGAUAAGGUCUCAGAGGAUACCAUUAGGCUCAUAGAGAAACAGAUCAGCCAAAUGGCCGAUGACACAGUUGCAGAGCUGGACAGGCAUCUGGAAGUGAAGACCAAAGAGCUCCUUGGAUGAAAGUCCAUCAAGGGCCAACAACACUUCAGAGUUUUUGGUGGAUCCCAUGGGUGGCAAAUUGGCAUCUCUCUCCACCCCCCAUCUGUACAGAAUAGGCUGUCACUAUGCCGUCAGUCCUUUUGAGGCCCAGCCUUCCAGUGAAAUACUCAGACUUGAUUUUCUUCCUCCUAUCCCCUGCCCACCCCAUUCUUCUCUGGGCCUUCUGGCAUGGGUGGCCCUCAGGUAGUAUCUGCUGCUAGCAAAGGGCCUUUACUUGGGCCUUUGCCAUGGCUGUGAUGUCAUCAAGGGACUGGGACCAUAGGCAAGCUUAGUACCACCUGCUCCUCAUCUCAGGAGCCUCCUUUUCAAACAGUUAGUCAGACCCUGUCCCCAACUCUACUUAGAUUGUUGUGCACCUUCACCUGUAACUAGACACCUUUGCUAGAGGCCCAUUUUUGCCAAACAAUAAAAUUGAAAUAGAUUGGAAGGAAUAAUAGCCUCAAAAGAAAGGACAGAGUUGGUCUGGAUUGAUGAUCUCUAAGGACUUGUGUGUGAAACAACCAGAACAGUAAUUUUGCCUCUGGGUCAUCUUCACACGUGUUCUUUUCUCUGCUUGGACCACUCUUCCACUCCUUACCUGGCCAGUCCUAUUCAUCUCCAGGUCUUGGCUUAGAUAUCACUUGCUCUGGGAAGUCUUCCUUUUCCCCCAACCUAGGACCCUUGUUAUCAGCUCUCAUAGCACAGUCUACUGCUUUUACAUGAACCCUAAGUAUUCUUUUUGCCAGUUAAUUAGUCUGUGUAUCCUCAGAACUUGAUGUCAUACCUACAGCAUAGUAAGCAUUCAAAUGUCUGUAUUGUGAAUAAAUUGUGCACAGUAGCUACCCAGCAAA